AUCAUGCCCAAAAAUCAACUUCAGUCGGGCGAAAACCAAACAAAAAUGGAGAAUCACAGCUUGCUAUUCUUGUUCACAACCUCUCUAAUAAUCAUCGCACUCACUCACAAGCUCUUGCGCAGAUUAAUCAAAAGAACGCCCAAAAAGAACCACCCUCCAAGCCCACCUUCCCUCCCCGUCAUCGGCCACCUCCACCACCUCAAGCAGCCCAUCCCCGAGACCCUCCUCGCCCUCUCCCGUGCCUACGGCCCCGUCCUCUCCCUCCGCUUCGGCGCCCGCCCCGUCGUCGUCGUCUCCUCUGCGUCCAUUGCCGAGGAAUGCUUCACCCAGAACGACAUUGUCCUUGCGAACCGACCCCAGUCCAUCGUGAAUAAGCAUAUUGGGUACAACUACACCACCCUAAUGGCUGCCCCCUACAGCGAUCACUGGCGCAACCUCCGCCGCAUCUGCGCUGUCGAGAUCUUCUCCUCGCGCUGCCUCAACAUGUCGCUCGGCAUCCGUAAGGAUGAGGUCAAGCGCCUCCUGAGGAAGCUGCUCUUGUGCCAAAGCGGCGGCGGCUUCGCGAGGGUGGAGCCAAGGGCGGCGCUGACGGAGCUGACGUUCAACGUGAUCAUGAGGAUGUUGGCGGGGAAGAGGUACUGCGGGGAGGACUUGAGCGACGUGGAGGAGGUGGUGAAGUUCAGGGACAUCAUCCGGGAGCUCGUGAGGUUCUCGGGGAUCUCAUACGCGGGGGACUACCUGCCUCCACUGAGGUGGAUCGACUACGAUGGGUUCCUGAAGAGGAUGUUCAAGAUUGGGAAGAAGACGGAUGGGUUCUUGCAGGGGCUGAUCGACGAGCACCGGAAGAAGAAGGAGAGUGAGGAGGAGAAGAAGAGCAUGAUCGAUCACUUACUGGUGGAGCAGGCGUCGCAGCCGGAGUAUUACACGGACGAGAUCAUCAAGGGGUUCGUGCUGAUUCUACUGAUUGCUGGAACUGAUGCACAAUCUAUCACAAUUGAGUGGGCGCUCAACAAUUUGCUCAACCAUCCCAACAUCUUAGAAAAGGCAAAAACAGAGAUCGACACACAUUGUCAGGAUCGUUUGGUCGACGAAUCGGAUCUCUUGAAGCUACCUUAUAUUAAAAACAUUAUCUCUGAGACGCUUCGCUUACACCCACCUGCGCCGUUUCUGAUACCCCACUACUCAUCGGAUGAGUGCAUAGUAGGAGGCUACGGUGUGCCCCGUGGUGCAAUGGUGCUGAUUAAUGCUUGGGCCAUUCACCGAGACCCCGAACAGUGGCCUGAUCCCAUGGCCUUCAAGCCGGAAAGGUUUGAAAGUGGUGAUGGCCAAAUGAAUAGGUUGAUGUUGCCUUUUGGGAUGGGGAGGAGAGCAUGCCCCGGUGCACCUUUGGCUCAUAAAGUGGUGGGCUUGACUUUGGCUUCGCUCAUUCAAUGCUUUGAAUGGAAGAGGAUUGGUGAAGAGGAAGUUGACAUGGGGGAGGCUGAAGGUCUAACAAUGCCCAAAGAAAAGCCAUUGGAAGCUUUGUGCAAAGCCCGAGAAAUGACGAAUAGAGUUCUCUUUUAA